CCUCCCUAGUUGUUUGGGGGUCAAGGAGGUGAGCGAAAUUAUGGAAUGGGGUGGUAACAGUGCUGCUACAUCAUACAGGUGUUCUUGAAAGACCAUUUGAGAAGGAGAAAAGAUUUAAGAAGACAUAGGAAUCAUGCAUUUGUGACAUGUCAUUGACAAGAGGUAGAACAUAACGUUCGAGAACUUGUUUCUCUGAAAGAGGAAGAUCAGAAGAAGAAACGACUCCGAAGAACUAAUUUUCAGCCUUCAAAGGGAAAACAGGAAGAUGGGUGUUCCAACUUUUUAUCGUUGGUUGGUGAAUAAGUAUCCCAAGGUAAGAGUGAAAGCCAUUGAAGAAAAAGGAGAUGAUAUUGUAGAUACAAGCUCUACAAACCCAAAUGGCAUUGAGUUUGAUAACUUCUAUCUUGAUAUGAACGGGAUAAUCCAUCCAUGCUUCCAUCCAGAGGAUCAAUCUUUGGCACCAAAGACCUACGAAGAUGUAUUCGAAAGGAUCUAUGAAUAUGUAGAUAAUCUUUUCAGCGUUGUCAGACCAAGGAAGCUUCUAUAUAUGGCAAUUGAUGGAGUAGCUCCACGAGCCAAAAUGAAUCAGCAGAGAUCACGCCGCUUUCAUAAAGCUAAGGGUGAUGAGAUUGCUGCAGCUGAAGAGGAUAGAUUGAGGAAACAAUUUGAAAUGGAAGGUAAACCAGUUCUUCCAAAAGUGGAGUAUGAAGUUUCUGAUUCCAAUGUCAUUACUCCAGGCACAGAGUUUAUGUGUAUAUUGUCUGAAAAGCUCGAAGGUUAUAUCAAGUCACGACUGAGUAAUGAUCCAGGCUGGAAGGAAAUUCAGGUUAUUCUUUCCGAUGCCAAUGUUCCUGGUGAGGGAGAACACAAGGUCAUGUCUUUUAUUCGCUACCAAAGAAGUAUUCCUGGUUACAAUUGCAACACUAGUCAUUGCUUAUAUGGGCUGGAUGCAGAUCUUAUUUUGCUUACUUUAGCAACACAUGAAGUUCAUUUUUCAAUAUUGAGAGAGGUGAACGUUACUAAGCUUUCUCUUAUUUAUGCUUCUUUCUUUCCUCAAGGUAGAUGGACAAUCGAUGUGCUCAUACAAGAGCAGCAACCGGGCUUCCAAUUUGCUUCAAAAACAAGCAGUCAAGUAGCUGAAUCUUAUUCAGUGAAGUCAGGAGAGUCGUUCAAAGAUGUUAAGAUAGAGGGUGCACCUACACUUAAAAGGCCAUAUGAGUUUUUACAUGUUUGGACCUUAAGGGAAUAUUUAGGGCUAGACAUGAAAAUGACAGACGCUCCUGAAAAUUUUAGGUUUGAUCUUGAGAGAAUAAUAGAUGAAUUUAUUUUCCUGUGUUUUUUUGCGGGCAAUGACUUUCUUCCUCGCAUGCCAACUUUGGAGAUUCAUGAGGGAGCGAUCGAUUUACUAAUGACUGUUUACAAGGAACAAUUCAAGAAUAUUGGCGGAUAUUUAGUUGAUAUGGAACGGGUAAUAACACCAGAUUUAAAGAGAGUGGAGAAGUUUAUUCUUCUAGUUGGCACAUAUGAGGAAAAGAUUUUCAAGAAAAGAUCAGAACUGCGAGAGCAUAAACUUAGACGGCUUUGCCAGUAUUCAGAUAUUGAUCAAGAUGAAGAAAUCAAAAUUGAAGACUCAGAUCUUCCGAGGAGUAUGUGUAAUAAUUCCUCUGCCGAUGAAUACGAAGUAAGUUGUUACCUUCCAACAAUUUUCUUUUUGUUCCCUAUUUCGAAUAAUUGUCGUCACCUCCUUACUUUGAGAGAUAACAAAUCGGCUUUGGUUCCUUCUAUUGUGAUUGUCUAUAUCCUGGUGUUACCUAUACCGUUUGUCUCUUUGCUUGAUUUUGCAGCGUUUAAGAACACAAAAGACUUGGAAGAAAAGUUGAAAGAGAAUCUUCGUAAGAAAUCGGAUCUUUUCAAGAAUGGGGAUUUAGACACAGACAAAGUAAGACUGGGCGUUGCAGGUUGGAAGGAAAGAUAUUAUGAACAGAAAUUUUCUGCAAAAACAAAACAGCAGAUAGAAAUCAUGAGGAAGGAAAUAGUUCAAAAGUACACUGAGGGUCUCCUAUGGGUUCUUCUAUACUAUUUCUCUGGAGUGUCAUCUUGGUCUUGGUUCUAUCCCUACCACCAUGGUCCAUUUGCAUCUGAUUUGAAGGGUCUUUCUCAAGUGAGAGCCAAGUUCAAGAAGGGUCACCCUUUUAAACCGUUUUAUCAACUCAUGAGUGUCUUGCCACCUAGAAGUGCUCUUGCACUUCCAAAACCUUAUGCAAAACUGAUUACUGACGCAGAUUCCAGAAUCAUUGACUUCUAUCCUACAGAUUUUGAAAUUGACACGGAUGGAAAGCGCUAUGCAUGGCAGGGAACAUGCAAGCUUCCAUUUAUAGAUGAAGAACGCCUUAUAGUAGAGGUCAGAAGAGUAGAGAAGGAAUUGACGCCGGAAGAAUCAUCAAGGAAUGUGGAAAAGUCUGAUCAGCUUUUUGUAUCAAGAAAUUUAGGAACAAAGAUUAUGACACUUUUUCUAAAGGCAUCCACUAAUGAAAAAAUUCAUUUGGAUGCUAAUGUGAGCGGCUCAAUUGGAGGGUUUGUAUGGCUUCGCAAUUAUGACCAUUUGACAUCACCACCCGACAUCUUAUCACUGCUGUUUGAGCUCCCUGAUGGAAACCCACAUAUUCCUCGCCCACUGGAGGGUGUAAAAUAUCCUACCAAGACAAUUAGUGAAGGUGAUAUUCAGAAGACUUUACUAUGGCAUGAAUACCCUGGCAGCAGACCACCAUUUAACAGACCACAAAGCCAGGUAACAGGUACAAAGGCCAAGACUAGCUCAAAGUUUCCUUCAAGCUCAACUGCUGAAUGUCAACACAAUCAUAUCAGCAGGAAGUUCUCAUCAGACCAGAUAGUUGAGGUGCAUAAAGUUGCUGGUAAUAUUGGGUGGAGUGCAGGUAGGGGAGCAUCUGUUUGUAAUUUAAGCGUAGACAAAGGCAUUUCAGAUAUGAAAAUUUCUGAGUCCAGCCAUAACUUGGGGUCAUAUGGACGAGCCCAGACCCCAACCAAUACUUUCUGGCCAUCAAGAAAUGCUUCAACACAAAGCUUGAACCAUUCAUGGCGCCAGAGCUCACAGGCCAAUACAAAUACAUCUAGUCAGAGUCUUGGAAAAGCUCAGAGGGACUCCAAAAAUGAUAGGAACUCUGCAUGGCAGAUAAACCCAUCAAAAGCGACAGUUCAAGGUCAAGGAAGGGGCAAGUUUAUUCCUUCAAAUUCUGCCUCUAAAUGGCAUUCUUGA